GAGUGCAGGAAAUGGCAGCCACAACUAUUUCUGUUGAACAGGACCAGUUCUGUUGUUCCGUGUGCCUGGAGGUGUUAAGAGACCCCGUGACAAUCCCCUGUGGACACAGCUACUGCCUGGAGUGCAUUGAAGACUACUGGAACAGGGCCAAGCAGAAAGGCCAGUGGAGCUGUCCUCAGUGCAGGCAGGUGUUUCGCCCGAGACCUCUGCUGAGCAGAAAUACAGUUCUGGGUGAAUUGGUGGAAAAGUUUCAGCAAAGCGGAUUACAGGCUGAGGCUCAACACUCCGCUAAAACAGAGGAGGUCAAAUGCAGUUUUUGUACAGUGAGAAAAAGCAAAGCCGUGAAGUCGUGCCUUGUGUGCCUGGAGUCCUACUGCAUAGCUCACCUGAAAGUCCAUGAAGAACGCUUUCAUGGAAAGGCUCAUAAGCUGAUACAACCUUCAGAUCAGCUGAAAGAGAAACUGUGCCCACAGCAUGAUAAGUUACUGAGGCUGUACUGUCACAACGACCAGCACUGUGUAUGCUCACAGUGUGUUAAAGAGAGCCAUAAGGGCCAUGAAACUGUCUCUGUGGGGGACGAGAGGGCAAAACAGCAGAAAAAACUCCAGGAAACCUCUUUGAAGUCUGUGCAGAAACUGAAGGACACUGAGAAGGAACUUCGAUACAUUAUCAGAUACAUCAAGCACUCCACAGAGGCUGCACUGGAGGAAAGUGACAGGAUUUUCUUUAAGCUGAUACAAUCCAUUGAGAAACAGAGCAGCGAGGUGAAGGAGCUGAUCAGAGCGCAGGAGAGAGCGGCUGUCAGUCAUGCUGAGGAGCAGCUGGAGAAGAUACAGAGGGAGAUGGCCGAGCUCAGGAGGACUGGUGCUGAGCUCGAGAAGCUCUCUCACAGUGAAGAUCACAUCCACUUUCUUCAGAAUUGCAAGUCUCUUCAUUUCCCUACAAAGACUGUGGAGAUGCCCAGCACUGACGCACUUCAUUAUUUAAUGUAUAAAACCACGAGAGGCGCCCUGGUUGAUCUGAAGGACAGUCUGGAUGAAACACUUCAAAGAGAAUUCACCAAAAUAUCAGAAAAGGUGACUCUACUGAAGGAAAGCAGCAAGAACAACUCUGAAAAGCCUAAAGAUCUAACGGCUAAAGACACUGAUAUACCAUACAACUCAGAACCAAAGACACGAGCAGACUUCCUACAAUAUUACAAUGAUGUAAGCCUGGACCCGAACACGGCCAACUCUUUCUUGUGCUUCUCUGACGGGCGACGAGUGGUGACCACACGCUCGGACCUGCAGCCCUACCCGGACCACCCAGACCGCUUCACCAGCUGGGCCCAGGUGCUGUGUAAGGCUGGGAUGGCCAGACGCUGCUACUGGGAGGUAGAGUGGGCUGGAAACGGAGGAGUUUCCAUCGGUGUCUGCUACAAGAACAUGAGCAGGGCUGGAGGAGGGACCGAAUGCCAGCUGGGACACAACUCCAAAUCCUGGAGCCUGGACUGCUCAUCCACAGUCUGUUCAUUUCAGCACAAUAAGGAGAAUGUGACCAUCAGUGCCAAGUGCUCCAGCAGAAUAGGGGUGUAUCUAGACUACAGAGGUGGGACUUUAUCCUUCUUCAGUGUUUCUGAUGCGAUGGUUCUACUUCAUAAAGUGAAGACCACAUUCACACAGCCUCUAUACCCUGGAUUCUGGGUGGGCUUGGGCUCCACUUUGAAGCUGUGCUCAAUUUAACGUGAAAACAGACUGCCUUGUAUGAUUACAUGAAAAUUAAUGUCAGUGUGAAUAAUAAUGAAACAGAUGCUUGUGCUCAAAGAUUAGCUUUUUAUUAACCACACAUGCCCAAAUUAGCAGCAACACCACCACUUUGGAGCAGGUGAAGGGCUGGUGGAGCUUAGAUCUUAUUGAAGGCAGCAACAUCUACACUCUGGACCUACAGAAAAGAAGAGGAAGAAAUCAAAUGUAAAGUUACAUGAUUAUUGCAACAUUUACUGUAUAAUGAAAGCCAAAUUAUUUAAAUAAAGCUGAUAUUGCAGAAUCCUUUUAAUGUUUUUGUAAUUUUAAUGAGUGCCACACUUUUUUUUUUCCCCCUACAGUCUUAAA